AUGUGUUACGGUGGUCAACGAUUACCAUCAAAAGACGGACUAACCACCACCACUCGGACCCUGGCACCGGCUGCGAACGACAGCCCAGUGGUGGAAGAUCUGAGAGGUCGGUUAGCGGAGACUGAGGCACGACUCGAACGAGCCAGAGCCCGAGAAGCCGAGCUUAGCCGCGAGCUGGAAGCGAUGAAGCGGUUCGUAUGCGUCAUGGAGAUCCUAGAGACCUACCUCAAACGUCGAUUUCGUGAACAGGAAGAGCGAGUGGUUGGUCUCCUCUCUCCUUCUCUUGUUUUAUGGGUUUCUACUCAUGGAGCUGAUUUAGGUAUAUGGAUUGUUGAAAGACAUGGUGUAUAUGUGAAGAAUGGAGCUGGUGGUAUUCAGUGGAAACCAGUUGAAUUAGUUGUAGAUCUGCUGGCAUUUGCUAAAGAGAACAAGAUCGUGACAGAGAAUGAGAAGAGGAGAACGAAGGUCAUCUCCACCAGUUCUGCUUCAACAACAAGGAGGAGUGGGAAGACCAACCUGCGAUUGCGAGUCGCAGAGCUAUUGUUAGCGACUGCGAGUCUCAGAUUUGCUAAUGCUAUCAGUUGUUUGAAGGUACUUGAUACACUAGUUUUAAAGGGGCUUGUAUUUAUCCUUGUGUAUGAAAAGAACUAUGAAAUAGGGAAGGACUUUUAUCAGGAUAUGUUAUGGGGUUACACUGGUGAAAGCCACAAGGGAAAUCUUUGUGUUCUUGUACAACUAGCUUGUAGAGUGCCUUGGUAA